AUGAUCAGCGGCAUAGCACACAUCAAUCUCCUAGUCCCACCAGGCACUCUCGACCAAGCCCACGAAUUCUAUGGCGAAACGCUAGGUCUAUCAGCACGAGAAGUCCCAAGUUUACAAAAAGGCUCGUUAGCAUGGUUUGAUAUUGGGUCUUCGGGACAGCAGGUGCAUAUAGCAUUCGGACCAAACGCCGACCCCGAAUCCUCGCGCCAUCCAUGUUUCAGAAUCUCCUCAGCUGAAGCUCUCGUCACUCUCCGGCAGAAAAUCUGGGAACAUCAUGAACGAGGCGAUUCCGCGGCUCCGCGAGAAGCGGAUAGACCUGGAGAAGCAGAUAGUGGAGCGAAAGGUGUUGAGUAUCCUUCAAGAUUUUUCGCGAGGGAUUAUGCUGGGAAUCGAUUGGAGUUUAGUCUGUAG